UCUCGAGGCAGUGCUUCUGUUGGAUCUGAAAGGCCCGGUGAAGUCCUCAUCGAGAUCUCAAAGUUCGAAGCUUUGCCGAAGAGACGCCAUGCCGGAGCUCCACCCUUCGCGCUCGCCGGCGGAGCUCUUCGGCGAUUCACCACCCCAUUGGCUCGAAAAGUCGGCGUUCAAUCGGCCGGACUUCGACGCCGAGGCAUACAUCUCUAGCCUCCGCUCUUUCGUCCCCCUCGAGAACCUCUCCGUUGAGCUCCAAGCCCAUGUGAACUCUCUCCAGGCUGAGCUUGUUGAUCUCAUCAACCGAGACUAUGCCGACUUUGUCAGCCUUACUGCUCAGCUCGUCGACGUCGACGCUGCAGCUGCUCGAAUGCGGGAGCCCCUCGUUGAGUUUCGCGGUAAGGUUGCUGCGCUCCGUACGGCUGUUGAUGCGUCUCUUGCUUCUCUGCUUGCUGGGUUGAGGCAGCGGGCUGCGGCGGAGCAGGCCAGGGAGGUGAUUGAGUUGCUGAUUGAUUCAGCUCAUGUUGUUUCCAAGGUUGAGAAACUUAUCAAAGAGCUGCCUAGCACACCUACUGAUUGGUCAACUGUGGAUGAUGUACCUGCAGAAAAAGGUACUCUAGCUGAGAUUAACACAAGUGGGACAAGCAUUAGAGAGACCCAGAGCAUUCUCUUGGAAAGAAUUGCUAGUGAGAUGAAUAGGCUCAAAUUCUAUGUCAGCCAUUCAGAGGGCCUCCCAUUCCUUGAGAACAUGAAGAAGCGAAUUCAUGAGGCCACUUCAUCUUUGGAUGGUAGCUUGGGUCAUUGUUUUGUUAAUGGCCUUGAACAUCGAGAUGCAAAUGCAAUCUACAAUUGUUUGCGUGCAUAUGCUGCUAUUGACAGCACUACAGCUGCUGAGGAACUUUUUGGCAAAACUAUUGUCUCUCCCUUAAUUCAGAAAGUUAUUUCUCAUGAUUCACCAGUGGUUGGUGGGGUUUCGUCUGAAUUGCUUGAGGGAGAUUACCAGCAGAUAAUGGACUUCAUUACGAAUGACUGCAAAUUUUUGCUUGACAUCUCUUCAUCAGCCAAUUCUGGGUUGCACGUUUUUGAUUUCUUGGCCAAUUCUAUACUGAAGGAAGUUCUUUUGUCAAUUCAAAAGGGGAAACCUGGCGCAUUCUCACCUGGAAGACCUACAGAGUUUCUGAAGAACUAUAAAUCAAGCAUGUUGUUCUUGGACUAUCUUGAAGGUUACUGUGCAUCAAGAUCAGCAGUUACUAAAUUUCGGUCAGCACCUGUAUAUGUAGACUUUAUGAGGCAGUGGAAUGUUGGUGUUUAUUUCUCACUGAGAUUUCAGGAAAUUGCGGGCACUCUGGAUUCUGUCCUUACAGUUGGUAGUAUUGCGCUUGUUGAUGAUUUAAAUGACAAUGAAGGGAAAGACCAUAAGCUCCUGAUGAGGCAAAGCGUUGGCUUGAUGGAAAGCUUGAGAUCCUGCUGGAAUGAAGAUGUGGUUGUUUUUUCUUCUGCUGAUAAGUUCCUUAGAUUGUCUUUGCAACUUAUUUCGCGGUUCUCAAGUUGGUUGUCUUCUGGUCUGGAAGCUCGGAAAGCACACCAUUUGAGUUCAAACUCUACAACAAACUCUGGGUGGGCUAUUGCUGCAGAUGUUGAAGAUUUCAUAUAUGUUAUGCAUGACGUACGUCUACUGAUUUCUGAGCUUACCAGUGGCUUUCUUGCGAAUGUAAUUCGGUAUCUUGAAUCUUGCUCUGCUGAUGUGCUUGAUAUAGUAAAGGAAAGUAUUUUGCAUGCCGCAAAAUCUUUAGAAGAUUCAGUACCUGCCAUAAUGGAUGCCAUGAUAGAAGGAACAGCUGUGAAAUGCAUUGAGGACUUAAAACAUCUGAAGGGAAUCACUGCAACAUACAGAAUGACUAAUAAACUUCCCGUUAGACAUUCACCCUAUGUGUCUGGGGUUUUACGCCCGUUGAAGGCUUUUAUUGAUGGUGAUCGGGUCAGUCACUUAACUAAUGAAGCUAGGCAUGAAUUGCUCCUGGGUAUUGCAGAAAGGAUUACCAUUCGUUAUCAUGACUUUGCAGCAGAUGUUGUUAAUGUGGCUAGAAAAACAGAGACAUCACUUCUUAGGUUACGCCAAGGAGCACAACGGAGGGUGGGUGCAAGCUCGGAUACUGUGGAUAACAAUAUAUCUGAUACAGAGAAGAUUUGCAUGCAGAUAUUCCUUGACAUUCAGGAAUACGGUCGAAAUCUUGCCGCACUUGGAAUUAGAGCAGCUGACAUUCCAGCCUACAGAUCAUUGUGGCAAUUAGUUGCCCCAGAAGACAGGCAAACAGAGAUUGUUUUUUGACUUAAAAUGUUGUUUAAUGAUCUUUUCACUCUUUUAAUAUAUUCCCUCCAUGUUGUUCUAAAUUUUGUCGAGCUUACUCCCGGAGUUCAUUAUAGGAAAUAUACAAAAUAUUUUCGCUGUUAUCGUCCUUCGGUGCAAUUGAAUAUGUAACUAAACAUAGCACAGAAAUGCAUACUAUUUGAUCCAUAAUGCAAAUCCCUUCCAUUCUCUC